UCUCAUGCAGCCUAUCGUCUUCCUGCCUUCAGACCGAUUUUAAUUUUCUCAAUAAUGCGGUCGCUCCGCUGGACCUCAGCAGAUCAGAUCUGAACCAGGACAGGGGCGUUAAUAAGCCAGAUAGCGAGCCUUGCGGUGAUUUGCAGGCUUCUCCAGAUUUACCUCCACGGAUGACCAGCUCCAGGUGGGGAUAUGUAUCAGGGCAUUAUGACUACCAACCACGGAUCCUCUUCCUAUGAGGCCGGCUUUCUCCACAACGCCUCGGCGGCCACCUCCCCGGUUUACGUGCCCACCACCCGGGUCGUCACCCCGAUGAUCUCCGCGCUGCCUUACCUCCAGACGCCCGGCGCUUCGCAGCAGGGCAGCCCGGUUUCGAGCCACUCCGUCUGGGCGCAGCCGGGUGCAGACCCGGUGCCCUCCUACAACCACUCCCCGGUGUCUCCGCGCUUCUCCUUCUCCACCAGUCCGCCGCUAUCGUCCGGUGUGGCCACGGCCAGGGAGGCGGUCUCUUACACCAGCCCGCUGAACAUCUCUGCCAACGGAAGGGAGCACUAUGGUCCGCGGGGCCUCGGCGGCUCGUACCCCAGUCCCUAUUCGGCCUACAUGAGCCCUAACGUCGGAGGAACGUGGCCGGCGUCCCCCUUCGACAGUCCGGUGCUGCACGGUCUACAGACCGGCGCUUCUCCUGGCACGACGCGGCACCCAAACAUAGAUUUGUUUGAUGACUUUGCUGAGGGACGAGAAUGUGUGAACUGCGGUGCAAUGUCAACUCCCCUCUGGAGGCGCGAUGGCACCGGCCACUACCUGUGCAACGCAUGCGGCCUGUACCACAAGAUGAACGGCAUCAACAGGCCGCUCAUUAAACCCCAGAGACGGCUGUCUGCCUCGAGGAGGGUGGGCCUGUCCUGCACAAACUGUCAUACCACCACCACCACCCUGUGGCGACGAAACGCAGAGGGAGAACCCGUCUGCAACGCCUGUGGGCUCUACAUGAAACUCCACGGGGUCCCCCGGCCUCUUGCUAUGAAGAAAGAGGGGAUCCAGACCCGCAAACGCAAACCUAAGAACCUAAACAAGUCCCAAACAGGACCUCCAGGCACUGAGGGGGCUCCAGUUACUCCAAGCAGCACUCCCCGCUCCUCCUCCUCCUCCUCUUCCUCCACAACAUCCACCUCCAGCACCGCAGUGGAGCCUCGCCAGAUAAAGACAGAGCCAGAAAAUCACAACUUGUACACACACCACGGCCCGCACACACAAAUUUCAGCCCUACCCGCCUACAUGGCAGCCCAGGGAGGCGCCAUUCCUCUGAAGAUGUCUCCAGGUGGACACGGUGGGUCCUCCAGCUCCAAAACAGAGCCUUGGAACAACCUAAUCAUGGCUUAGGAGACCUACAGCUCUGCAUCUCAAAAAAAAAACAAAAAAAAACUACCUAUGUACAGCAUCCUAACAAAACUCUCCAGGAACUGCUAGCUGUACCGUUUUCUCCAGUCGGUGGCAUCAGUGUCAUGACUGCACACCAAAACAUGAUGAGAAGACACCGAAGUCGGACUAAGUACAGUUAAACUGGGAUUAUAAAGGAACAUUUUUCGAACUCAAACCUUUUCCUACUACAAAGCCAGUAUGGAAGCACAAGCUGCCUUAAAGAUACUGAAACAGUACAUGGCAAUUAUGAGAAACAUGAGAGACUUAAGUGUAAGUAUUGCCUUUGGACAUUUUUCUCUGGAUGUUAUGGACAUCCAAAACACAAAAACAGAUCAUAAGUGGACAACUUUGUGACAAAGGUUACACCACAGAGGUGCUACACCAAGUGUUAUCAGGGUCAUUUUACAGGAAAAUAGUAGAAGAAGAAUAUUUAAUUCCUGGCAAACUUUCAAAUGAUCCAUCUGGGAGACUGUGCUAAUGAUAAAUUAGUAUAAUGUUGCAUUGGCAGCAGAUGACAUGAAAGCAUUUAAGAUUUUAUAUACUAAAAAAAAAAAAGAAAACAUAGACUUGGACAGAUAAUUAACCUCAACAAUCAUAUAGAUAGCCUGAAAUUGUUUUAACUGAUAAAAAGGGUAGCAACUUUUACAGUUGACAUUUGUCUCUAAGGGUCAUGUUUCCUUUAGAUUCUACAAAUAAAACAAAAAAAAAAUGUUGAAGUCAACUUUUUCGGAAUGUGGAGUACGGAUGUUUCACAGCUUCACUCAGGUCUGGAGUAAAAUAAAUAAUUCUUGGAUUUGCAAGGACUCUCGGAUAUGACUAAGAAUAUUCCUUCAGACCCACAGUAACAAUUUCAUUAAACCAGAAAUUGUUUUGAAUACAACAAAAAAGUUGCAAAAUAUGUCUUUAAAUGUUUGAAAAAAUGUGUGUUCAGUCAUGGAUAAAAUGUUAAAUUCAAGUUCAGAGGUGGUAAAUCAAAGUUAAAAUACAUCGUUCAAAUAUAAAUAACUAAAGUAAAUUGCAUUUGUUAAGCAUUAACAGAUUUUUAUUCUUUAGAGUAUGAAGCAAGAAAAAAAAGUCUGGAAAAACAAAUGUAUUCCUUACUCUAUUUGAUUUCACAGCCAGACCUUGGUAAUUAUAAAAGCAAAGGUCACAGUUUUUAAGUCUUUUCAACAGAGGAGGAACCCUGGCUCACCUAUCAGGAAAACAGUAGCUACGGCUAUGCAUCAUAACAAUUGUUUACAAGUAAAGAAGUAACAGCAAAAAUCCUCUAAGAUGCACAGCAUCCAAGAAGACCUAAAAGUCUUUUAAAAGGAAAAAAAAAAUCAGUUAGAAAUUGUGAAACACUCAGCAAAACAACCGAGGCAAAAUAAAUGAAUACAAACUAUUCCUGUAAAUUCCUCCUAGUCUGUCUCAUCCGUCACUCCUCACCCUAAGUAUUACCUCAGCGAAAGUGAUCUACAGUUUAGUGCAACAAGAACUCCUCCGUCGUGGCUCAUUGGCUGUAAUUCCUUAAUUGUACGUCACGUCUGAAAAAGUUACAAAGACAAACUACCUAAUGAGAGCGUGACAGCAGGCACACAGCGCCCUCUGCUGGCUUAGGAUCAGAUCGACAUCUUCUAGGCAGUAGCACACGGGGCCUUUGAAAUGUUUGUGGGAAUCUACAUUAAAAUUCACGUCCUAUAUAAUAUGGUUAUUGAUGGGUAAAACUGUAUAGAAUAUUUGCAAUGCUUUCUAAUCGGCUGCUAACGAGAGAUAACCAGUGUAAAUGUGGGAUACUACCAUAUGUAAUUACAAGAAUGAGAAAUGUACAAGCUUCUGUAAAAACAUCACUCCACUAUAAUCAUGUACUCUGUUAUUUGUGAUAUACUGUACGCAAAUGUAAUAAAGAGAAAGCAUUUUGACGUAA